AUGGCAUAUAAAAAACAAAAUUAUACGGAGGAUAAAUCUUCAAAAAAGUCAGCUUACUUAGAAUUUGAUGAUGAAGAUAAAAUUAAGGAGAGAUCUAAUGUUCAUGUAUCAAUAAAAGAAAAACAAUUGAGAAUUGCUGAAUUAUUAAAUUCUAAAAAAAAUACCAAUUUUCCAAAAAAAAGUGUAGAUUUUACUUUAUCACAAAAAACUGAAUUGGAACAUACGGAUGGUUUUCAAGCUAGAAAAAAGCAAUUUAGUAUGACAAAUGCAGCUAUAGCCAAUAAGCUAAAUAAUACAUUAUUUUCAAAAAGUACUAAUUCUAAAAAUGUAUCUUUUUCUCAAAGUAAAAAUAGUUCUGAAAUAGAUAAAAAAUCAGUUCUAGAUAAAAAUGAAGAACCUUUUGGAAAAAAGUCUAUUUCAAGCUUAAAUAAUAAAUUAAGUGAAGAUUAUAAAAAUAAAUUAAGUAGUGUUUUAUUGUCAAGGAAUAGACCUGAUUUCCUUAAGGAUUUUGAACAAAAAAAUUCAAAUAAUUUUUCCAAAACAACUUAUGCAGCUGAAGAUAAUUCGAAUAAUAGUUUUAGAGAUUCAAAGGAAGAGAAUGAUAAUAAAAGAAAAGAUUUAUUUAAGCAGCUUUUAAACAAUUAUUCUAAUCUUAAAAAAAUAGACUAUAACAAGAAUGGAGACAGUAAUUUACUACAGAAAGAAGUUGAAAAUGAGAGUGAAAAUAAAAAUGUCUUUAUUGCAGAUCAAAAUUUACAUCUAAAUGGUGUUUUGUGCAAUCAUAAGAACGACCAGCAUAUCAUUGAUUCUCCCAACAUAGUAGAAAAUAAAAAAAGAAUAAAUUUUUUUUCAUGCUUUAAAAAUAUUAAAAAAAAAAAAUACUGUAAAAGAAAGAAUAUGAACUGUAAUAACCCAAAAAAAGAAAAAUAUAUAUCCAAAAAAGAAGAAAAAAUAGGUAAAUCAUAUCCUGACAAAGAGAAUUCCACUUCUACAAAUAAAAAUAAAAAAACUAGAAAUAAAUUUUUUUUUCUUUUUAAAUAA